AUGAUUAUCAUAGGCAGCGAUUGUCUCCAGCGGGUUGAUGGUGCUGCGCUACAUAAAUUGGCUCGCCGGAUUGCCGCUAGAUUUAUUUCUGGCGGGAUUCGCACUUUCAAUGUACUUCACCGUGUUGCAAGUCAAGUGGCCGCCCUUGACCUUGGCUAUAAACCUGGUGUUGAUCAAAUACAAUCAAAGAAACCCGCCAUCCUCUUUCUAUUGGGCGCUGAUCAAGGUGCUAUUUCGAGAGCUGAUCUUCCCGAUGGCUGUUUCGUAGUCUAUAUUGGUCACAAUGGUGAUGUCGGUGCCAGCAUGGCUGACAUCGUCUUGCCGGGUGCCGCGUACACUGAAAAAGCUGGCAUUUACGCAAACACCGAGGGGCGUGCUCAGCAGACUCAGCCAGCUAUUAUGCCACCUGGCGCCUCUCGCGAGGAUUGGCGAAUUUUGCGGGCUAUAUCUGAAGUGGCCGCACAGGGUGGUCGCAUGCUACCGUAUGAAACGCGUGAACAGUUACACAAUCGCAUCCGCACUAUUGCUCCCGGCUUACUUGUUCUUAACAAACCUGUUGCACCUGCAAUCGAGACGUUGGCGCUGGCGGAUAAACAAGCAAUUUCC